ACAGCGCGCUCACCAACGCGAAUGCGCGCUAGCGACCCCAACAACAACAAAACACAAGCUGCUGAUGAAAACGAACAGUGCGAUUCUACGUCCCACACAGUGAGCACUCACAAACUCAGUGAGAAACAAACCAAUUUCAACCUCAAAUCAACAAAAAGCUAUAGCAUAUUAGAACGUUAGUGAUCAUGGCUUAUUGUUGUUGAUCUGUAAUUGUGAAAAGACUGAUUUUACGUUUAAUUGUUACAUAGAGAUCAACCAUUAUUUUAUAUUUUACUAUAAUAUAUUUUUGUGGAUAAAAGCAAAAGGAUAACAGUUCCUGCGGUCGAAAUAUUUAUUUGAAUUCGACGUAAUUGCCAGCAAAAGGAUGUUCACACACCUUGCUAGCUACUUUCUGGGGGGCACCACUAGCACUUCCAAAGACAAUGACAAUGAGACCAGCAACGUCCCUUCGACGCCACCCCCCUCUUCACCCCCUCACCCCUCUUCCGCGCGGGUCGCGGACCAAAGACUGCAUGACGUCGAAGAGGACGACUGGCUUUUAGUUGAUAAGGAUGAAGUGCAAGACGAGAACAACUCGCCGACUCGACGCCCGAUGGAGAGGCGGUCAUCGUCGACGAGCUCGCUCCCCGCGGGGGCGGCUGUUGGCAUGGAGGAGUCGUGGUUCGUGACGCCGCCCCCAUGCUUCACGUCGACCGGCCCCCUCAUGCCGCUAGAGACGUCGCCCCUGGAGAACCUGCUGAUCGAGCACCCGAGCAUGUCGGUGUACCACGGUCAGGGGUCUGCCGCCUCCCAGCUGAGGCCGCGAUCGCGGUCUGUGUCGGAGGCGCGAACCGCCUCUCCCGCCCCUCGCCAGCCGCUGCAGCCGGUUGCCAACCGCCGACAACCGCCUCCACCCCCGGCCACCUACCACAGUUCCACUGAUCUCAUAGUCCAGCUCAAAUCCGCUCAAAAGCAGCAGCAGCGUAAGAGCGGUCAGCAGCUGAAGCGCGGCCAAAUGGAGCGCCAGAACAAGGUGCGCGAGUUUAGUUCCCGAAACAAGCAGCAGAGGCGCGCCGAUCGCCAGGCAAACCACUCUGGCGCCAACAACAACCGCAAGUCAGCAUGCUAGUCUCUCUCUCACUCUCUCUCCCACCCCUACUCAUGUCCCCCACCCCUAUCCUACCCCCUCUUUCAGCAACUGGAUUCCGAAACAUAAGUCACAUGAAUCGAUUCAGUUGUAUUUUCUUUUAGGGCCCAGUUAUGCAAUUUGGGGGUUGACCAACCCUCAAGCAACUGGAUUUUAAAGCUAUAGUCAGGUCCACAUUAUAAAAUGGCAGUAUUUGAUUAACAUUGGUGGUUUAUCAUUCGACUAAGCAGAUAGUGCUAUCCUUUUCUAGCUCCGCAACGCUGCCAGAUCGCUUUUCAACAAUGUAGAAAUAUAACUAGCAUAAUAUUUUCUAUCUAUAAUGAAAAUCAUUGUAAAUUGAUUUUCUUGGCGAAUAAAAUAUAAUUGACCAUUUAAACAAGGAUGAACAGUUAAUAUUACAUAAGCUAUCUUCUGUAGAAGUAUAGAAGGCAGAAGCAAGGCUACGAAUCAACAACGCCGUUCUAUCUUUCUUCACUGCCAUUAUAACGUGAACUUCACUAUAGAUGAAUGUCAGUCAGUGGACAAACCAUUGAUGACCUUCUAUUGAUUCAGUUUAUCCUACCGUUGUGAUUUCUUGUGAAUACCCCAGUUGGACUCGGUUGCAUUUUGGGGUUUGAUACUCUUCAGCAACUUGAUUUCAAAACUCUAAUACUAUAAACGUCAGUCCUUCACAAGACCUAUUGAUUCAUAUUACCCUCAUAAAUAAAAUUCCUUUAUCAGGGGUUUGAAACACUAAAUUCUGUCCAAAUCUAAAUUAUACUUUCCAAGAAUCAUCAUCGAAAAAUUAAAAUGUUUAGAACACAAAGAAAUAAAUGAUCAAUGACUCUGAAUGACCUUUGAAUAGCUCUCCAAUGAAGAUAUAUCCAGUUGUCAUCCCUGGAUGAAAAAUAAUAAAAAAACAAAAAAAAUCGUAAACCAUAAAAAUAUAAAUAAAAAAACAAGAAACUUUUAACAUUAUGAUUCAAUUUGAGCCGUAUAGAUAUUUAAUUGUUAGCUAAUAAUAUAUUAACUUGGCACAAGUUUGACUAGCUGCACGUUUAAAUGGUUGUCUAAAUAAAUAACAUAUUAUUAUUAUUGUGAACGUAAUUAUUGAUUAUUAGGCAUUGAUGUUUCUUGCUUUAAUCUUCGGAAUUGGUAGAUCAAUAGGUUGUAUCUUCUUAUCAAUGUAUACAAAUAAUAGAGUAAACUGGAUUAAUUUUUUCGAUUAGUAUUGGAUUUAAUAAAUAGGAAUGAUAUUAGUAGACUUGCUUGAAGAUACCAUAAAUUAUGGUUGAUUCCUUUUUUAUUUACUUCAAUUAAAGUAAUGGAAUAAAAUUGAGACAAGCUGAGGAAAUAUUCGAAUGAUAGGGUUAUUUAAAUAACAUUAAUAAUCUAUUUGAUACACAAAAAUAUAGUGAUUAAAUUUUAAACUAAUUUUAAAAACAAUUUUUACAGGUAAAAUAAUUAUAAUAAUUCCACUCUCCAACAUUUUGCAAUAAUAUAAGCUGCUUCAAGAGAGCUUAAUAGCCAUAAUAUUAUAUUUCAGCAGUGCUGAAGUCAUUUUUAGCAGCAACAGGUUAUUUGUUUUCAAGAGAACAAGUUCAACAUGAAUAUACGAUUCUCGUACAUUAUAAGGAAUCCAGUUCAAGAAAGAGACUCCCAAGUACCAGUUUGACCAAUAAAACAAAACUGAUGAUCAGAUAUAAAUAGUUUUUGGAGGAUGAUCAUAGUACUGUAUAAUACUUAAUGAUAGUUUAACAAGAGAUAAAUAGUGAUCUAAAACUGCUGAUAACUAGGAUGUACGAAUUUGCACUGCUAUUAAACUCAAUCAAGUUAUAUUUUUUUGGACAAAAAAUAAAUAUUUAUCAAAGGGAUACAAUGGAUUGUAUAGUUUUGAAUUUUAAUGAGUCAUUUUCAUAAAAUAAGAAUUUCAAUUUUUUAUUUUAUUCUACAAAGCGAGUUUCGCUGUAAGGUUAUAACGGAACACCAAGAAGAACAUUUUUUUAUCGUGGAAUUGAAUAUUAAUUAUUUCUGAAAAUAAGUUUUUGUGAUUUAAUUUUUACAAGAAUGUAUAUUAAAAUGCAUUGCAUUGAUACUAAUGGACAUUCAACAAAUAGUAUAUUAAGGCACUGUUAUUUUUAUUAAAAUAAUAAUAAUAUGACUUGUAAUAUAAUUAUAUUGGUAAACACUAUAAGAUGAAAACUAUCGAAAAUCAACAAUUGAAACCCUAAACGAAAGCUUGGAAAUAGAUUAAGAGUAAUCUCAGACAAUCCUAGUUGAGUAAAAAAAACUUGUGUUCAUUAGUGAUAAGACUAUUCUUUAUUUCAUUAAUGAAUAAUGGUACUAAUAUUAGUAAAAAGAAUAAUAUUGAAUUCACCAAUCAAUUAAUUGUACUAGGAUUCGGCCAAGAACUGGAUUACUAUUUGAACUGAUUUGUAUGAAAAUUUGAGGGGGAGUAAUUUGUUAAUACUGAUCAGAAAUAAUAGUCUUGGAAUUUGCAAAACUAACCACGUAAAUACAUAGAUUGACAAAAUUAUUAGACUUGUGUAUUUGAAAAAUUGUGAAUAUUCUACUAUUUGCUGUCUAAUAAUUCAAUAAAUAACAAACAGAUAAUCAUCAGCAUACAAAAUGAGCGAUUUUAUUUGUUCAAAUUCUAAUAAAUAUAUAAAUCACUAAAUGAGAUUCCAAAUUAAGCUGUCAACCACCCACCUCGAAAACUUAUGCUACUGCAAUAAUAUUGUCAACAGGUGAACAGACAGAUGAAAAUUUGAUGAGAGAUACUAUCCAAAAAUUAUUUGCUACCCGGGGAAUCGAACCCGAUUCCCCUAAGCUUACAAUCUCUGGAUAGCAGCGCUCUACAGAGUGUAGAAAACAGAGAGCUACUGGUCUACCGUAUACUGUCCACAGUCUACGUUCUACUGGUCUAAUGAAGAGAGACUGGUCUACUGACAGUCCGAAGUUUAGCUUGCCGCUAUGUUUUAGUAUAAUAUUAUGCACUGCUGAAUAGUAGCUCUCAUAAAAUUUUCAUUUCGAUGUUCACCCUGUUAUCAGUAUUUGCAGUAGCAGAAGUCUUCAGCGUGAUUGACAUCAUUUGGAUUUGGAUUUUCGUCUAAUGAUUGAUCUUUUUAACGCUCAAAAAUUGAAAAAAAUCAGCUUAGGAUGCCAUCUCACCUUCUCAUUAGCGAAUAAAUUUUCAUGAUAGUUCAUUUAUAAUUUUUACUAUUCAACGCAAUCCAUUCGAGUUUAAUAGCAGUGCAAUUCAUCUUAUAUUACUUCUACAGUAGGCUCAAACUUGAACUUAGUUUAUAAAAGCAAAAUAAAUGUGAAAAUAAAACGCUUUAUAAGAUUAUAAUUGAUAAAGAGUUUUUAGAUUAUGGGAAGCUGAAUAUGUGAAGAAAAGCUGUUUUAACGCACCAUUUGCCAUUUAAACACGACAUGCAGUUAAUGAUUUGAUGGAAUAAACUGUUGUUUAUUCUCUAACUGAGAUAAGAGUUGUAGUUUUCUCAAACGGUGAUUUCACAGCGUACCUUUUCAAUCUGGUGGUUGGUUCACACCACAUGCACAUCAUCAUCUUUAUGUAUUGUACGCCACAAGAUUGAAAAGAUACGCUGUGAUAUAACUGAUCACCAAAAACUACAAUUUUAUUGACAGUCAGUAAGUAAACAGAAUCGUUUAUUUCACCAAAUAAUUGACUGCAUGCUGAUGGUUGAAUGACAAAAUGAUGCAGUCCAUUUCACAGUAAUACUUGUAUCAAGAAACCAUUUAUUUUAAAGUUGUUCAUUUGUUAUUUAUUAUGAACCUGAAUUAUAUUUCUUGUACCUGUAACACUAGAUGAAUUUUAUGAACUCGUCAAAUAAGAUAAAAUCAGAUCAGAUAAGAGACGUUCCAAACUCAAUUCUUCAGUAAGUUCAAGUGAUGAGGCACUUUCAGAAUAAUUAAUUAUUUAUAGUUUUAUUCUAAUAUCUAUAAUAGUUCUAAAUUGAUAUUCUAGUUCUAACGCCUUUAGUUAAGUUGUACAUAUUUUGAGUUCAAAUGAAAAAAAAUGUUGAUUUUUAUUGGUUUUAUUUAAAAUGUAUUUUUAAUUUUUAAAUCUAUUAUAAUUACUCAAUAAUUGAGUAUUGUUUGCACACUCAAAAGCGAUGAGAGAGAAUUUAUAAUAUUAUUAUAAGAGAAUCGAAAAAUUGAAGCCCACAUGUUCAGAAUAAUUGGGUUUGAUACAAAAGUGUUCAACAACAAAGCAAUGCUAGUUAUUUAUUGAGCUGAUCCUCAUUGUGAGAAUGAUUUCUUCAAUAUAGCCUACGACUUGAAAUGCCAUUAGGUUUCAUUGUUUUCCCUGUCUAUUGUAUGAGAGAGUACGCCAAUGUAACUAUUUUCGAUACUAUUGACAUUUCUAAAUCUUGAAUAUUUAUUGUGAAAUUGUUGAAUGAUAACUCUUCUUGGAAGAUAACAUGUUCAAUGCUUUCAUUGUGAUUUAGUAUGUUAGUCAAUUAUUAAAUUCAAAUGAAUGUGGAUUUGUAAUAAUUAAAACUGACUGCCGCAUCAUCAUACAUAGAAUAGAACUUUACUUUUGUAACUACUAUACGCUGCAUACGUUAUGUGUUGUGACAAUAAUUUCAAGCAUUAGUACUAGAAAACUGGUAUUGAGUUGAUAUUAUAACAACAUUAUUUGUUAAGAAAAUCUUUUGGAUGUUGUCAGAGAAAUAUAAUGAGCUUGUUGAAUCUCUGUCGAACAACCUUACCCAUUCAAGCAUUUUAUAACGUUCCGCAGCAAGUGUGCUUUUGUGAUACUGACCAACAAAAUCAAAUUACUGAUCCCUUUCAAUAAAUUUUCCACCAAUUUUUUCUUGAACAUGAUCUGAUAAAAUACACAGUAAAACAAGAAAAAUAUCCCAGAAAAAUCAAUUUUAUUCCAUUAAUAUCAUUGCUAGAAGUAGAAUUAUUUAUCUCAUUCUUUUGCGAUUGAAAACAGUAUUGAAACUACAAAUAAGUAAUGUGUUGAAGUAAAUAAUAAGUAGAAACAAAUUGUCAUGCUUUUCACUGUAAUAGUGUUACAUCUUUCCAUAGAAUAGUUGGUGUUACAUUGAUAUUAUAUUCACGCCUCAUAGUAAAAACGACAAGUGAAUCUUUCUAGAGAUCGAAGUUGAAUUUUUAUCAUUAGGUGGGUCAAUAAUGAACAAUGUAGUUGACCUAUUGAUAAGUAAUAGGGAAGUUCAGCCUCUGUGAUAAUAUAUAUUCGAAGUUCAUUUGCAUAGAUGUUUACAGGUAGGGACAUGCACUUUCUAAAGCAUUGAUUACAAAUAAUAUACAAUGUUCAACCAUUAUUGCAAUACCUAAAAAUUUAUUAAUAAUAUGCGAUAAUAAAAGAUUUUAGAAUCGUAGUAAUUAAAUAUUUAGACUAUUAAAAUCUGCAUAACAUUUCAUGACUAGAAAUUAAAUAGCAUAUAGAGCAACAAAUUCUACAAUAUAAUGUAAAGAAGCUUCAAUUGAAAGGAUUGAACACAUUUCUAAUCAAUGUAUUGUCUUGUCACUAUUUGGUCGUCAAUAAUGGUUGAAAGAAACUCUCAAGGAAGAGAAAUAGAGUUUCAGAUUGAUAUCUACAAGAAUAAUAACUACUGUAAGAAAUUUCAUUCACAAUAUUGUCUUUUCAUUGUUGUAUAAUAUAUAUGUGAGAUUGUGUGUAUAUGUGUGUUGUGUGUCAAUAUAGCAUUAUCUUUAUAAUAUGUGCACAACACAUUAUUGUUCGUUUAAUAUAUUGUUAAGAGGAGCGUACGCUAUAUAAUUAUUAAUGGAUAUAUAUUAAAAAAUACAAUGUACAUGAAUGUUGUUUAGAUUUAGUUGAUUAUAAAUGAUUAUGGUAAUAUAUUCAAAAUAUUAUAAAUUAGUUCAUAAUCUUAUUCUAUUGGGCAUAAUUUGUUGCUAGAGUGAAAAUAAGUAUGGAUUUUCAUGUACAUACGAUAGUAUUGGUCUCAAAUUUACAUUUUAUAAAUGCAUAAACACCAAAGUACAAAUUGAAUAUUUAUGAGAGAAUGUUUGAAUGUAAACUGAUGUGACAACUGCAAGUGAUUGAUGUUUUAAGUAGAUUGAUUUCUAUAAUUUUUAUACCAACUGGAAGUUGUUAAUUCUGAUUGAAUCAAGAGGAAGUAAUGACCAUAAAAAUUUCCAAAUACUUACCUUGAUUGUCAACAGGAUAAACUAUUGUUAUCAUAAUAAUUAUGAUUAUCUUCAAUAAACUCUGUACUACCGUAAAAAAUGUUUGACAUGUUAAUAUUACCAGUGGAAUGGUCUUUCCAAACUUAACAGUUUUGUGUGUGAAAUGUUCACUAUAUUACCAUAACCAGAAAAAAAUAUUAAAAAGUAUUAAAAAUCAAAUUAAAGAAUAAAAAGUUGGUUAUUUAUGGAAAA